GAGCAUUUGAACGACCAUCAGUGUAGGCUCAUACCACGCAGAACACAAGACAGGCCGUGUCAGUACUUCUGAGUAGCGCCAUGGAUCACUUGCCACUGGCGAUUGUCCCGUCUUCGCCGGAAGGAAAGAGGGUCGUGGACGCAUACAAGAAGGCGGUGACCACGGUGGCCACGGCGACCGCGUACGUGAUGCUGGCGCGCGGCAUGGCGCGGGAGCUCCUGCCCGACGAGCUGCGCGCCGCGGUGCGCUGGGGCGUGGAGCUGGUGCGCGCCCGCCUCGGCCGCACCCGCGACAAGGAGCACCGCGAGACCAACACCGUCGUCAUCCGCCGCAACGUCGAGUUCAACACCGAGAACCACCUCUUCUCCGCGGCGCUCACGUACCUGGCCAGCACCAUCGACCCACGCACCAUGCGCCGGCUCUGCGUCGCGCGCUCCAAGGACAAGGAGACCGACGGGAGCAGCAGCUGGAGCACAAGCCUGCGCAUGGAGCCAGGGGGCUCAACCACCGACACCUUCGACGGCGUCGUGUUCACGUGGACGUCGGCCGGCAGCGACGACAACAAGGACGGCGGAGGCCACUGGGGUCCCCGCGAGACCACCCUGGAGCUCAGCUUCUUCGCGGAGCACACGGACACCGCGCUUGAGAGGUACGUGCCGUUCGUCAUGUCCACCGCGGAGCAGCUGCAGCGGCAAGACCGCUCGCUCAAGAUCUUCCUCAACGAGGGGGGAUGGAACGGCAUCAACCACCACCACCCGGCCACGUUCGACACCCUCGCCAUGGACCUGUCCCUGAAGCAGGCCAUCAUCGACGACAUCGACCGGUUCCUCAAGCGGAAGGAAUACUAUCUGCGGAUCGGCAAGGCGUGGAAGCGCGGCUACCUUCUCUACGGCCCGCCCGGCACCGGCAAGUCAAGCCUGGUCGCUGCCAUGGCUAACUACCUCAGGUUCAACCUCUACGACCUCGAUCUCUCCAAGGUGUACGACAACUCAAAUCUUCACAGGCUGCUCAUGGACAUGCCCAAUAAGUCCAUCCUCGUCAUCGAGGACAUUGACUGCUGCUUCGACGCCAAGUCAAGGGAAAAGCGCAAGACACCCAAGCCGCCGGCCGAUGGCGACAACAAUUCCAUCGCCGCAGACGACGACAACGAUGACGACGAAAUGCACGACAUGGGAGCUUACCGCCAGCACAACAUAACUCUUUCCGGGCUGCUCAACUUCAUCGACGGGCUCUGGUCCACCAGCGGCGAGGAGCGCAUCAUCAUCUUCACCACCAACUACAAGGACCGCCUCGACCCGGCGUUGCUGCGGCCGGGGCGCAUGGACAUGCACAUCCACAUGGGCUACUGCGGCUGGGAAGCAUUCCAGACGCUAGCCCACAACUACUUCGAUGUGGACGACCAUGCUCUGUUCCCGGAGAUACAAGCUCUGCUAACCAAGGUGGAGGCGACCCCCGCUGAGGUGUCCGAGAUGCUGCUACGGAGCGAGGACGUCGAGACUGCGAUGCCUGGGCUUGUGAAAUUCCUCCAAGACAAGAGGCGUGGUGGGAUAAGGAAAGUGACAGAAAUCAAGAACGACCAAGCAGCAGCACAGAAGGAAAUGAAGUAAAUGUUGUCGGUUUCGGCAUCCUCUCUUUCAGGAAUCCAAGUUAUACGAGUCGUGACAUGUUCAGCAAAUCAGGAGUAUGGAAUAUCUAUCCGGCGUCUUCAGAGUAUAUAUUUUUGGCUUGUUGCUUAUGUAAUGGUAAACAUUCCCUAUGUAAUUCACUAGUUGUAUACUUGUGUUGGCUAUC